CUAUGAUGUCACUGAAGAGAGAAGAAUGGGGAGCUGGGCUCAGCUCCAGCUGCUCCGAUUCCUCUCUCCUCUGGAUUUUGAUAGUUUUUGGGGUGAGGGGAGGUGAACUGAGUGAUCACACGUGUCCCAGCUCAGUCUCCCCUCCGGCCACCUCAGCCCCCACCAAAUUUAUGGAGAGAAAUUAGCCAGUAAAACUUAAAGAACAAGAGAACUACAUUCAAACUGAGCUGGAAAAGAAUAUUUGGACAAUCUGUGAUUGUGACAGUAGAUAAGUCUUCUAGCUAACCCUAUGAGCUUUGAAACCACAGCAAUCACCUUCUUCACCAUCCUUCUAAUUUGCCUCAUUUGCAUCCUCAUUUUAUUGGUGGUUUUUUUAUAUAAAUGUUUCCAAGGCAAGAAAAAUGAUGAAGUAGAAAAACCUCCUUGUACAGAUGCUAACAGAGGUGUAGACUGUGUACCUGCCAAUGUGGAGACGAAUAAUCUAGGAGACAAUGGAAAGGACAUAAUGCAAAUCAUGCCAGUGAGGCCUGGCAUUCUUGUCCAGAGACACAGUAAGGAAGUGGUGACCCUACCCUCAGUACGUGGACAGGAUGAGGAUGCAGAAGAAGACCAAGUAAAAGAGGAGGCUGAAAAUGCUGAAGAAAAUGAUCAAGAGAAUGGCAAUUUGCGGAAAACAACCACACCUCUCAGUAGGUCUCAUUCAACUACUGAAAGCCAAAAAAGACCUUUAAAAGGAGUGACAUUUUCUAGGGAGGUAAUUGUCGUGGAUCUUGGGAAUGAAUACCCUACACCUCGAAGCUACACCAGAGAACAUAAAGAGAGAAAAUGAAGCUCAAAAAAAGCUAAGAGUGAAAGAAAGUGUAACCUUUGACUAACAUUGAAAUGACUGAGGGUACAAAAUCAUGUUGAAACAGCAAAAUAAUGGGGAAUUAAGCAAAUACAGAUAGUAUUUUACCUUUGUCUAGAAAGAAGUGAGUCACAUGCAAAAUUCUGUAAGUAAAAUACUCAGAGCUUGAAUAUAGUUUUUUAAAAAUCAAAUGAGUUCAAGAAAUUGAUUGUAUUAAGUAUCCUUAAAACUCUGUCUACUCAAACACUGUUCUAACAUGUGAAUAAAGUUAUUUGUGUUUGUG